GCCUUAUUAUCUCAUCAUUACAGAGAUGAGAUGCAUUUACCAUAUUCACAAGACCAACUCAAUCAGUCAAAUCCAAGAGAAUGGUCUAAUGUGUUUAGUCCACCGAUUGUAUUACCUAGUGAAAAGAUGAAGACUAAUCAUGUUACCUUACCUGUGCAAAGUCCCUUGAAACAAGAUAGUCGGAAAGAUGAUUAUGGACGGAAAGAUGACUCUGGUAAAGGCGAGAGUGAUGGAGACGAAGAACUGGAACUGCUUUAUGAUCCGUGCCUUAACUGUUACUUUGAUCCAAAAAAUUGUAAAUAUUAUGAACUUGUAUGAGAAUGUCGAACAUUAAAUAAUAGUGCUGCAAAUUGGCAAUUGUUAUUACAGCUAUGCAGAUUUGUAUCAUCACCUUG